AUGCUCCAAGACAGAAUCGUCGAAAGGCUAGCAAGUUCCAGUAGAGUGGGAGGGGGGAGGAGGACUCCUCCUCCCCCUCGCAGAGAUGGAGCGGUGACAGGACCCGUCCCGAAUUUCCCGGAACCCGAGACAAAUCCUGCGGAGACCCCGGCAUCACACCCACGCCGGGUUUACUCCUUAAAUCUACGUCCUCGUUCACCAUAG